AUGCCUGACUGCGAGUUCAGCGAUUGGCACUCCUGGCAGGGCAUGUGCGUGAACGAUCAGAAGGUCCGGUGGCGAGUGGUGCAACAGCCUGCGACCAACGGUGGAGCCUCCUGCUGCGGGCCCAUCAAGGAAACCCGGCCCUGUAGCGCCAUGGAGGGCCCGGACAUCUACUUGCAGGAUGGAGAUGCGAGUCCCUGGUCUUCUUGGUCCUCCUGCACCCGCCGCUGCGGCGGCGGCCUCCGCACGCGCAAGCGCCGAGUGGAGGUGGAAGCCAAGAACGGUGGGUACCCCUUCUGCGGACCUCUCGAGGUGAUGGAGCCCUGCAACCAGGACCCCUGCGCGGAGGGCGACGGGGUGGAAGGUGACAACUGUGAGCUCACCAAUUGGGACAACUGGUCCCCUUGCACAGAAUCCAACAUUCAGUACCGCAACCGGCAGAUCGCCAAGGACGCCAAGUUGGGCGGCGUGCCCUGCGAAGAUGGCUUGCGGAUGGUUCGAGAGUGCACUUCUGCCGGCAGCCCCAGCAUCGAUAUCCGAAAGAACAGCGGUGGACUGUGUGGUCUCUCCCUGGACGCCUUGGGACCGGUGCACGCGGACCUGCGGCGGCGGCCAGACCUUCCGCCACCGCCAGGCGAGGCGGCGUGA